AGCUGUGGGGGACCAAUUGCAGGGGUUUGGCUAGAUGCAGUCCCAGUGUCGCAGAAUUUCACUCUUAGCUGUGUUCAGUUUAGAACUGCAGCACUUAUGCGACUAGGGGCAAGUCUUCCUGUACUGGGAAACAUCGAGAAAUGCAUACCCCUGUGUGGUAAAGACAUAGACAAACAAGGCUAUCAUUUGCUCACGUGCAAAUUUGGAGGAGGUCCAAUAUUCAGGCACGACCGUUUCCUGGACAACUACUACAACAUGUUGCAGGAAGUAGGCUUCCAUUGCCGUAAAGAACUGACAGCUCAAUUCCAAAACAAGCAAUGCCCAAACAUAGCUGUCUAUGAUUUUCAUGAGGGCAAGAAAUUAUUGUUAGACAUUACAAUAACACACCCUUGGGCACAAAGUAACAUCUCAGGGAGCAGCACUAUGGCAGGAUUUGCAGCAGUGGAAAAAGAAAAACAAAAGGACAAGAAAUACAGAGAAACUGCCGAAUCCCUACGACACAUCUUUCGCCCAAUCGCAAUUGAGGCUUUCGGAUGCUGGGGCCCCAAGGCUGAAGAGCUACUGACAGAGACGAGCAAGAUGGCACCCAUGCAAUUGGACAUGCCAGUGGGCCAAUUCAAAGCACAGUGGUCACGUCAUUUGUCGGUGACACUUCAACGACUAAAUUUGGACAUAAUCAAUAAACGGGCAUUGACAAUUGUUGGCAAGAAGGAGUCUGGUACCAGUGGGCCAGCUAACCUCGCCAAACGAGAAUUUAGUUUUGACUUUUCAUAAAUUUAUGUUCAUGUGUGUGUGUGUGUGUGUGUGUGUGUGUGUGUGUGUGUGUGUGUGUGUGUGUGUGUGUGUGUGUGCGUGCGCACGAGUGUGUGUGUGUGUUUGUGUGUGUGUGCUUGGUUGCAUUGUAGUUUGUAUUGUAGUUUGCAUUGUAGUUUGCAUUUUAGUUUGUGUCGUAGUUUGCUUGUAAUUUGCCUUGUGCUUUUGAUGACAGUUCUGAAAAAUAUAUAUAUUGUGAGAUGCAUCUCUCCAAUACAAUAGUCUAGUGUAUUGUGAGAUGCAUCUCUCCAAUACAAUAGUCUAG